AGCCUGCCCCGCGCGCUGCUGUGGGGCUCGUUUCUGAGGUGCGAGGGCUGAGCUCGUUGGGGCAGCUCCGGCUGCCCACGCGGGACCUGCUGCUCAGACCUGGUGGGCUACCUAGGUGUUGGGAAGAACGGGCCCUUCGCUCAGAAACGCCCUUUCCAGCAGCGUCUGUUACCCAUUGCCUCCGUGCAGCCAGGGGGCUCUUGGGGUCUUGUGUUGCCCCAGGGAGGUGAGAGCUGAGCAGCCCUCUGGGUGCACCUCAGUCUCAUUGCUUUUUUCUGAACUCAAGAACAAAAGAUGAGCAAGAGCAAGGACGACGCUCCCCAUGAGCUGGAGAGCCAAUUUGUUCUGCGCCUGCCUCCGGAAUAUGCCUCUACUGUGCGGAGGGCGGUUCAGUCUGGCAGUGUCAACCUCAAAGACAGACUCACCAUUGAGUUACAUCCAGAUGGACGUCAUGGGAUUGUCCGUGUGGACCGUGUCCCUCUGGCUGCCAAAUCGGUAGACCUGCCCUGCAUCACUGAGAGCUUAAAAACCAUUGAUAAGAAAACGUUCUACAAGACAGCAGACAUUUGCCAGAUGCUUGUGUGCACUGUGGAUGGUGAUCUCUACCCUCCUCUGGAAGAGCCAACUGUGAGUACUGACCCCAAGGCAAACAAAAAAAAGGACAAGGACAGAGAGAAGAAAUUCAUCUGGAACCAUGGCAUUACUCUUCCACUGAAGAAUGUAAGAAAGAGGCGAUUCAGGAAGACAGCCAAGAAAAAGUACAUUGAGUCUCCAGAUGUGGAAAAAGAGGUGAAGCGGUUGCUGAGCACAGACGCUGAGGCUGUCAGUGUCCGCUGGGAGGUCAUUGCUGAAGAUGAGACAAAGGAAGCAGACAACCAUGGUUCACUCACCAGUCUGGACAUCUCCUCUCCGGGGAUGUCUGGACACAAGCAAGGCCACGGCUCAUCAGAACAUGAUGAACUGCGGGAGAUCUUUAAUGACAUCAGCAGCAGCAGUGAAGAUGAAGAUGAGAGAGAUCAUCACGAUGACGAAGAUUUGAACAUCAUGGACACAGAGGAAGACUUGGAGAGGCAGUUGCAGGACAAGCUAAACGAAUCCAAUGGACAGCAACAGGAGAGUGAGGGAACAAACCAGAUUGCCAUGGGGAUCCAGAAGCAGAUUGACAACCUGAAAAGUAAACUCCAGGAGACCCAGGAGCGGAGAAAGCGCCAGGAAGAUCUCAUUAUGAAAGUAGAGAACCUGGCUCUCAAGACCCGUCUCCAGGCUGUGUUGGAUGAGUUCAAACAGCAGGAAGAACGAGAAAAGCAGCAGCUGGUCACUCUGCAGGAACAGCUUGAAUCCCUGAUGGAGAAAUGAGGGCAGAAGCUCCCUGUACCUCUGGGCAAGCAGUGUGCUGAGCCAGAAGCUUCACCCAUGAGUUUAGGAGUCACCUUUGGUGCCAAAGCCCUCAAGUUACUGCCUUGACCUUGCCAGACUUGGUUGAUAAGUGACUCUUGUUCAUGCUCCUGGAACAGUGUUUCUAGAGCUCCUGUCUCCAUUCUGGACAAUGCAGCCAGCCCCCUAAUGUUGAGGAAAGGAACUGACCUGGGGUUUGUUCCUUUACAACAGAUAUUCCUGGUAGUUUAGCUGUACUGACAAGGGCUAUCAAGAAAAUAGUCUCAUCCAUUUCUUUCUAAUUGGAAGCUGUUUAAAACUCUGAAGCAUUUUGUCAGAGGGUCUCUGCUCCCUGAUAUUGCUCUGGGGAGCUGCAG